GGUGCUUAGCUGGCAACUGGGCUGUGUCCUGAUUUCAUUGCCAGGCACUGGGGAUGUACCUGGAGGUGCCGUUUGCUAGGUGGCAGGUUCUGCAAACUCCAGGGACCUAUGUGCUCCUAGUCUCAUCCUGACUGGUCCCCAUCAUGCCCAGGAAGCUCUGGAAGCAGGAGCUGGCCAACAGCUCAGAUGUGACCCUCCCAGAUCGGCCACUGUCCCCUCCUCUCACUGCACCACCAACCAUGAAGUCUGCCGAGUUCUUCGAGAUGCUGGAGAAAAUGCAGGGUAUCAAGCUUGAAGAACAGAGGCCAGGACCCCAGAAGAACAAGGAUGACUACAUCCCGUACCCCAGCAUUGAAGAGGUUGUGGAGAAGGGAGGCCCAUACCCUCUGAUCAUCCUGCCCCAGUUUGGGGGCUACUGGAUCGAGGACCCAGAGAACGUGGGUACUCCGACGUCCCUGGGCAGCAGCGUUUAUGAGGAGGAGGAAGAGGACAGCCUGAGCCCAAACACAUUCGGCUACAAGCUUGAGUGCAGGGGUGAAGCCAGGGCCUACCGCAGGCACUUUCUAGGCAAGGAUCAUCUAAACUUUUACUGUACUGGCAGCAGCCUGGGCAACUUGAUCCUGUCCAUCAAAUGUGAGGAAGCUGAGGGCAUUGAGUACCUUCGGAUCAUCCUCAGGUCCAAAGUGAAGACCAUGCAUGAGCGAAUCCCCUUGGCUGGAUUGAGCAAGUUGCCCAGCGUCCCUCAGAUUGCCAAGGCUUUCUGUGAUGACGCGGUAGGGCUGAAAUUCAACCCUGUCCUGUACCCCAAGGCCUCUCAGAUGAUUGUGUCCUAUGACGAGCACGAUGUCAACAACACUUUCAAGUUUGGGGUCAUUUACCAAAAAGCCAGGCAGACCCUGGAGGAGGAGCUCUUUGGAAACAAUGAAGAGAGCCCAGCUUUCAAGGAGUUUUUGGACCUCCUGGGGGACACCAUCACACUGCAGGAUUUCAAAGGUUUCCGAGGAGGCCUGGAUGUGACCCACGGACAGACAGGGGUGGAGUCGGUGUACACCACUUUCCGGGACCGGGAGAUCAUGUUCCACGUCUCUACCAAGCUGCCCUUCACGGAUGGUGACACCCAGCAGCUGCAGAGAAAGCGGCAUAUUGGGAAUGACAUUGUGGCCAUCAUCUUUCAAGAAGAAAACACACCGUUUGUUCCAGAUAUGAUCGCGUCAAACUUCUUACAUGCCUACAUUGUUGUUCAGGCUGAGGGCCCGGGCUCAGAGGCCCCAUCCUACAAGGUGUCAGUCACUGCGAGGGAAGAUGUGCCUGCCUUUGGCCCCCCUCUGCCGAGCCCGCCUGUUUUCCAGAAGGGCGCAGAAUUCCGGGAGUUUCUGCUCACCAAGCUCACAAACGCAGAGAAUGCCUGCUGCAAAUCGGACAAGUUCGCCAAGCUGGAGGACCGGACCCGGGCUGCUCUCCUGGACAACCUUCAUGAUGAACUCCACACACACACUCAGGUCAUGCUCGGCCUGGGCCCGGAGGAGGACAAGGUUGAGAACGGGGGCCACGGAGGAUUCCUGGAGUCUUUUAAGAGAGCCAUCCGAGUGCGCAGUCAUUCCAUGGAGACCAUGGUGGGUAGCCAGCGGAAGCUGCAUGCUAGCAACAUUCCUGGCAGCCUCAGUGGGGGCAUUGUCCACAACAGCAUGGAGGUCACCAAGACCACCUUCUCACCUCCAGUGGCCGCAGCAACCGUGAAGAGCCAGUCGAGGAGCCCCAUCAAGCGACGGUCUGGACUCUUCCCCCGCCUGCACUCGGGCUCUGAAGGCCAGGGGGACAGCCGGACACGAUGUGACAGCGCCUCCAGCACUCCCAAAACCCCAGAUGGCGGACACACUUCUCAGGAGAUAAAGUCUGAGACCUCAUCCAAUCCCAGCUCUCCAGAAAUCUGCCCCAACAAAGAGAAGCCCUUCAUGAAGUUGAAGGAGAAUGGCCGCGCCAACAUCUCCCGCUCCUCCUCCAGCACCAGCAGCUUCAGCAGCACAGCAGGGGAGGGCGAGGCCCUGGAGGAGUGUGACAGUGGGAGCAGCCAGCCAUCCACAACCUCGCCCUUCAAGCAGGAGGUGUUUAUCUACAGCCCGUCCCCGAGCAGCGAGAACCCCAGCCUGGGGGCUGCUGCCACCCCCAUCAUCAUGAGCCGGAGUCCCACAGAUGCCAAAAGCAGAAACUCUCCGAGGUCAAACCUGAAAUUCCGCUUUGAUAAACUCAGCCAUGCUAGCUCCAGUGCGGGUCACUAAUGGGAAAGCGGAGUCCUCCU